AUGUCUCAAUCUGACGAUGGGGUUGCUGGAGUGGACAAUACUUUCAGGAAGAAAUUCGAUCGAGAAGAGUACUUGGAACGUGCUCGUGAACGAGAAGAAAAGGAGGCUGAGGGGAAGCUUAAAUCAAAAUCCAAAGGUCCACCUGUGCAAAGGAAACCCUUGAAGCAUAGAGACUUCCAAGUAGACCUCGAAUCUCGCUUAGGAAAGACCCAGGUUGUCACUCCUGUUGCACCACUUAGUCAGCAGGCAGGAUACUACUGUUCGGUUUGUGAAUGUGUAGUAAAAGAUUCAGCAAACUAUUUGGACCAUAUCAAUGGGAAGAAGCAUCAACGAGCUCUGGGUAUGUCUAUGCGGGUGGAACGAGCAUCGUUGGAGCAGGUCAAGCAGAGGUUUGAGCUUCUCAAGAAGCGCAAAGACACUGGAGGUUUAACCGUGCAAGACUUUGAUGAGAGAAUCUUGAAACAGCAACAAGAGGAGGAGGAAAGAAAGCGCCAACGUCGAGAGAAGAAGAAAGAGAAGAAGAAAGAGAAGGAAGUAGCAGAAGAACCUGAAAUAGAUCCCGAUGUUGCUGCUAUGAUGGGUUUCGGUGGUUUUGGAUCAUCCAAAAAGUGA